AUGGGCCAGGCGACGAUUUAUCUAUGGCGCCAGUUUCAGCUACCCUAUGCAAAUUACGCGCCCUACUUCGAAGAGUGGGUCUUUUUGUCGUUGGCUAUGGUAAGCCUCGUCAGUCCCUGUAUCACCAUCUACUACGUCUUACCAUACCGCAAGAGGGUUACCUCAAUUUUUAAUGCCUUUUACUAUCGAAGAGGAAAAUUCCGGAUUGGCGGAGAUAUUCUGACAGCCACGGCAGAAGCUUCUUAUCGGAUGUCCCUAACAAUAGAAAAUAUCUUAAAACCGGUGGCUUCAUCUUCUAAAGAGCCCGUGAUAGACGAUUCCCGUAAAAAUCCGAUUGAUGACGUUGGAACGCAACUCGUCACCCAGUUUCUAGCCGCCGACUGCUUGAGAAGACUAUAUGCGGAUCAGAUGACGUUACUCUCCACUGCUUUGAUAGAGUAUCAGCUUCAGAGCCUGAAAAAUACUCCAGACAUAGAAGAAAAGAAGCAGAAGUCCCCAAGGAAAACGGUCACUGUCGUGAGAGAACGGAGAAGAACCAAGUAUUCGACGGAUGAUGAAAGAAAAACAGCCAACGAGCGGGAACGAGUCCGAGUACAAUCGAUUGGAAAGGUUUUGGACGACCUACGAGAAAUUUUGCCCUGUCAGCACCCAAAAUUAUCAAAGGUAUCCAUCCUACGACUCGCUACUCAUUACAUCGGCUAUCUGGGCGCUAUUUUGGAGGAUGAGGACUAUCGGCCUCACAAAGAGCUUUUCCACAAGACGUUCGACUUCGAGACCCGGACGAACAAACGUCGAAACGAAAAAUUUCUUCUUGGCCUAUGUUCAGUGAAGGAAGAGGAAGACGGUGCA